UCCCCUCUCCACCUUUCAACUUGUGCACUCUUCAGUGUUGAUUGUGAUAGCGAGUCAGUGGCUUGUCGUUUGCAAGUGUCGUCGUCUUCCGCUUUUGUCGUAGUCGUCGCUGUGUCGUCAGCUUUGCUGUCCAGCUUUCUGAAGUGGAGGAUUACCUUAUGACUUUCGUCAAGCGACUGAGACGACGGGAAGUUUUUAGUGGAUUUGUGACUAUAUUAAGCGAAAUCUUGGAGUGUGUGUUAUGAUUGUGUUUGUGUCUAUAUUUGCGUUUACAGUUGGAAAGUUGAUAUUAUUUUAAGAUUGUCAAAUCUUUGACCUCAUUUGUCACGUGAUAUAUAAAUUAGCAUUUUGCCAUUGGUUUAUAAUAAACGUCUGAAACCUCCUCCGAAUAGGAGAGCAUAAUUAUUAGAAAAAAAUUAGUCUGAUAGAUGGAAAUUAAUAUGAAAUAAAUGAUUGGUUAAUACGUGUCAUUGCUUUGGACAUACAAAGAGGAAAUCUGUUGUUAUAGAAGGAAAUUCAAAAGCAGUUUGAAUACAGUUGAAAAUCUUGGUGUCACAGUGUGAGCUUGGUGCUGCAGUGAAGUCGUUCUUGAUGUAACAUGACCCAAGCACAGUCUUGUAUGUGUUUUUCUUAGACAUGAAAGUCGUCACCAGAAGCCGAGGCUUAUGACUAGCACUAUAUAUUUGGAGAAAUCUAUAUGAAGUUACUAUUGAAAAAUAACUUAUUUAAUCUCUCAUGAAAAUAAUGGAAGAUUCUCACAGUGCUCCGUCAAUAUCCUCUGAUAUUUCACCACCCUCUGGUCUUUCUUGUUGUCAUGUUCGGGAGGCAUCUGACCCAUUUGAGGCGUCUAAAUCUCUUCAGAAGCCGGGCUCCCCAAAAGAAUCACAUGGACGCAUUGUAACUACGGAAAGAGACCAUUUUCUCAUUAAUUCAGGGUCUGGUGUACGUAGUAAGCACCCUAAGCCUAAUGCUUCUGAAACUGGUGACUUUGAUGAAAAGAAAAUUAGGAAAAGAAAAGAAAAUUUUCAUGAUACUGUGUCCGAGAUCCCAAUGAAAUCAGUGAAGAAACGUUCUUUCACUAGAGAAAUUACAUCCAAUAAAUCUUCCAAAGAAGAACAAAAGAAAGAGCUUGCUGGGGCUGUCUUUGAGGAUGAGGAACCUAGAAUUGAAUGCACCAAACUUCUCCAAUCAGAUUGUGUACAAACAUCAUCUGCUGGCCCUACUGCUAUUUAUUUUGAUGAUCAUCCUAUGCCAAACAGAAGCAGCCCAUUCGACUAUGUAGCACAAAGGAAUCAUAAAGCACUGAAUGCAGCAUAUGACCCAAAAUGUUCGUACUAUCCUGCAGACCAGAAGCCUGUUCCACCUUAUGGCUCACCUUUAAGCUAUUAUCCAUCAUUUUCUUGUGAAUGUGAUGAUGAUUCUCAUGCAGCAGUUGGGCAGCAGUCAUGUACAAUUCCCUCAGUCCAUGUAACAAAAGCUGAAGCUGAUGAUGUGCAAUGCCAACAGAAGUUUUUCCUUACGGAAACUCCAGUUGACCUCGGGUAUCCUAUGGCAGAUUCACAAGGUUGUCAUAAUCAUCCCACCCUUUUAUAUAUGACUAGUAGACUGAAUUCAGAAGAGCGUAUUAUUGAAAAAUCACCUGAAGUUCCUCCUCGUCCUUGGGCUUUUAGUAAAAAUGAUAAGGAUUCUUUGAGAGGAAGUACAACGGGAAGCUGCAUCAGUUCAGGAACUCGUUAUGCUAACACCUCUGAUCUAGGUGCUCCUGAAUCUCGGUAUCUCAACGUCUUUGAGAGUUCCUUUAGAGAAGAGAGUGUUGAAAGGGCUCAGUUCUGUUGGCAAGAGGAGCCCAUUUAUGCUACUGUUGGAGAGCAGUGCCCAGAUGGGAAAGAAAGUCCUCAGACUUCCUUACAUUACAACAUUGGUGUAAAACAUUGGCACUCCCUUAACCCAUCAAUAAAAGAAGAGAAUGACGAAGACUUGAAUAAAUUAAGAAAUGCUAGACAUUUAGAGACUGAUAAAUCCAGUCUUUCAUCGUCUACACAAACACUGUGUCCCGAAGAGCCUACGAUUGUAGUAGAUGAUGCCGGAAAAGACAACCCGGAUGGUCGUAAGGUUAAGAGGUUAGCAUCAUCUAAACCUCCAAAGUUACCCCCAAAGACCUUGGAUGACAAUAUCGAACCUCCUGAUCUUCCAUCAAAAGCGAUGUCUGAGCCACCGCACGAAAUAUAUGGGUUGAGAAUACGACUCCCUUUGCUAAGAAGUGGAAGUUGCGGGGUUUCAGAGGCGGAAAUCUUCCACCCUCCUAAAAGUCGACCUGUACCACCGCCACGCUGUAGCAGCAUGCCGUAUCCCCCUCCAAAACCUGUUUCACCGAGGCUUAAAGAGGUAGUUUCCUCGGGAGAUUUGCACAAACGCGGACCUCUUUACGUGGUUAUUGGCACUUCUUCAGCUAUUUUUUCUGCUAUGGCAGCUGCACCUACUAAACUGUCUUGCAUGACAAUACAUAACUGUAAUUUAAAGGAUGGGCGUAUUUCUCUGAGGAACAACAGGACGCCCUAG